AGAGCACCAUCAGGGAAUUACUACCAUUCCUCCUUUUCAGACUCACCUGGAACAUUCAGAACAGCUGCAUGCCAUUCAUAAGACGAGAAAAAGAGGAGCUUAAGCCUGUUUGCAGUUGCACAGUUACACUGUCGGGCGAGCUGCCGCAUUGUGAAACAGGUGAGGUCUGCAAAGCAAGGCAGUAACAAACUGGAGGAAGUAUCGCUGAGAUGAUGUCUGUGAGACGAAGUCAGCGUCGCCACUCCCUCUCUGAUGACUCUGAGGAAACCAAUGGGAACCAUGCAGGUCCUGGACCAGAAGCAGAACCUGAGGAACUGGACUGGGAUGGAUACAGCACCACACUGGAGCAGAGAUUAGCAGGAGAACAGGAGAGCGCCCAGGUGUCUGAGCAACGCUGUGUCCGACUGGAGAAGGCUAGGCGUGAAAUGGAGCGGCAGCUGUCCGGCCUCUCAGAUCGUCUGGAGGAGGAGGAGGUCUGCUCAGCCCAGCUGGCCCUGCACAGGGACAGACUGGAGGUAGAGUGUAGCAGCCUCAGACAAGACCUUGAUGAUCUGGAGAGCGCCCUGACCGUGGCGGAGCAGGACAAACAGCUGUCAGACAGUGAGGUGAGGAGGCUGUCAGAGCAACUUCUCCAAAGAGACGAAGCACUUCAGAAACUUCAGAGGGAGAAAGAACAUAUCAUGGAGAUCAGCCAGCAGGCCAUCGAGGACCUGCAGACGGAAGAGGAGAAAGUAAACCUGUUGACCAAAGAGAAAACCAAGCUGCAGAUGCAAGCUGAAGAUUUGGAGUUCCAGUUGGAGCACCUUCAGCGGGGCGAGCUGGAGAAGAGCAAGAGGAAGAUGGACGGUGACAGCAGAUCUACUCAGGACAGUCUGGGAGAGAUGGAAAAGAUGAGGAGUGCUCUGGAAGAGCUUAUUAAAAGGAAGGACUUGGAGAUAAGCAGUACCAGCACCAAGCUGGAAGAAGAAGAGGCGAUUAACACCGGACUGCAGAGGAACAACAAGGAGCUGCAGGCUCGCAUUGAGGAGCUGGAGGAGGAGCUGGAGGCUGAGCGGGCCAUGAGAGCAAAGGUGGAGAAGCAGAGAGCAGACCUCACCAGAGAACUGGACGAUCUCACAGACCGGCUUGAGGAGGCAGGAGGGGUCACGGCUUCACAGAUGGAGGUGAACAAGAAGCGAGAAGCCGAGCUCCAGCGUCUGAGACGAGACCUGGAGGAGUUCUCCAUCCAGUCUGAAGCGCUGGCUUCGUCGUUGAGGAAGAGGCACAGCGAGGUGGUGGCAGACUUGAGUGAACAGUGUGAGGCUCUUCAGAGGACCAGGGUCAAGCUGGAGAAGGAGAAGCAGAGCCUGAGGAUGGAGGUGGAUGACCUGGCUGCAUCACUGGACUGUCUGCAGAAGGCCAAGAUGUCAUCAGACACCCAGAUGAAGAAAAUGGAGGAGCAACUGGUUGAGGCCAACAGGAGAGGAGACGAGCUGCAGAGGACACUUACUGAACUCAGUGUAGCAAAGAACAGACUCACAGCUGAUAAUGCGGACGUGAGCCGGCAGAUGGAGGAGGCAGGGACCAGAGUGAGCCAUCUGACUCGCUCCAAGACUCUGCUCCAGUCCCAGCUGGAGGAACUGAAAAAGCAGCUGGAUGAGGAAGUUAAGUCUAAGCAGGCCAUCAGCAACAGUCUGAGCUCAGCGCAGCAGGAGUGUGAUGUGCUGAAGGAACAGCUGGAGGAGGAGCAGGAGAGCAAACAGGAAAUGCAGCGCCUUGUUUCCAAACUCAACAGCGAGGCGACGCACUGGAGGACCAAACAUGAGGCAGAGGCCAUCCAGCACGCAGAUGAACUGGAGGAGGCAAAGAAGAAGCUGGCAGUCAGGCUUCAGGAGGCUGAGGAGGCCACAGAGGCCACCCAGGCCAAAUGCUCCUCACUGGAAAAAACCAAGCAGAGGCUGCAGGGAGAGGUGGAGGAGCUCUGCGUGGACCUAGAGAAGGCCAGUAGCUGUGGUCAGGCUCUCGAUAAGAAGCAGCGAGUCCUGGAGAAGCAGCUUGGAGACUGGAAGCAGAAGUGUGAGGAGCUGGUGGCUGAGGUGGAGGGCUGCCAGAAGGAGAGCCGGCUACAUGCUGGAGAACUCUUCAAACUCAAAACGGCUCAUGAAGAGUCUUUGGAGCAACUGGAGGCUUUACGAAGGGAGAACAAGGCCUUCCAGGAGGAGGUAGCUGACCUAACGGACCAGCUCUCAGAUGGAGGGAAGAGUGUCCAUGAGCUCCAGAAAGCCAAAAAGAAGAUCGAGAUGGAGAAAGAAGAGCUGCAGGCCUCACUGGAGGAAUCUGAGGCAGCUUUGGAGGCAGAGGAGACCAAGGUGCUGAGGCUGCAGCUGGAGUUAUCUCAGGCUAAAGGAGACCUGGAGCGCAGACUUCAAGAGAAGGAGGAAGAGAUGGAAGCUGCCAGAAAAAGCCACCAGAGGGCGCUGGAGUCCCUGCAGGCCAGUCUGGAUGUGGAGGUGAAAGGCAAAGCAGAGGGACUGAAGGUGAAGAAGAAACUGGAGGGUGACAUCAACGAGCUGGAGCUGCAGGUGGACCUGCUCACUAAGAGCAAUGCAGAGCUCAACAAGACCAGCAAGAAGUUGCAGCAGCAGAUUAAGGAGCUGCAGGUUCAGCUGGAGGAGGAGUCGCGAGGCCAUGAGGAGCGCAAGGAGGAGCAGGCGGCCCUGGAACGCCGCUGUGCUCUGUUGGUUAGCGAGGGCGAAGAAACCCGGUCGGCUCUGGAGAGCACAGAGAGGGCCCGGAAGGUCCUGGAGAUGGAGCUGCAGGAGGCCAGUGAGAAGUACAGCGACCUGAACAACCAGUUCCAGUUGGCUCUGAGCGGGAGGAGGAAACUGGAGGUGGAUCUCCAGACUCUGCAACAGGAGCAUGAGGAGCUGCAGGCAGAGCUGAGAGGAUGCACAGACAAGGCCAAGAAGGCGGGCUGUGAGCUGGCCAGAGUCGGAGAGGAGCUGCGCCUGGAGCAGGAGCACACACUCCACCUGGAGAGGGUGAAGAAAGGUCUGGAAGGCCAAAUCAAAGAGAUGAGCGGUCGGCUGGAGGAGGCUGAACAGAUGGCUCUGAAAGGAGGAAAGAAGAUCAUCCAGAAGCUGGAGGGAAAGGUGAAGGAGAUGGAGCUGGAGCUGGACUCGGAGCAGAAGCGGCACGCCGAAACGGUGAAGACGCUGCGGAAGAACGAGCGCCGCCUGAAGGAGCUACUUUUCCAGUCCGAGGAGGACCAGAAGAACCAGCAGAGGAUGCAGGAGCUGGUGGAGAGGCUGCAGAACAAGAUGAAGGCCUACAAGAGACAAGUGGAGGAGGCUGAGGAACAAGCCAACAUGAACCUGGCCAAGUACAGGAAGACCGUCCACGAGCUGGAUGAUGCUGAGGAGCGGGCUGACAUCGCUGAGUCAGCGCUCACUAAGAUCAGGACCAAGAGCAGAGGCAGCUUCGGGAAAGGAUACUCCUCCGGUUACAGCACUCCGUACCCGGGUCUGGUCAGGUCACCCAGCUCCGCGGGCUCGGAGGGACGAGGAGAGAAGAUCCUUAACGACGACAACGAGUCGGUCAGCUCCCUCAUCCCAGCUUAUCUCAACUCCCUCAAGAAGCUCAUGAUCGAUUAAAGAAGGCGGCCGUGAUGCCUGCACGUGUCCUGCAGUGCGAAGUCUGAAACAUCCCAAAGCCCCGGCGAGCAGCAUCACAUCCAGAUGUGCAUCACCUGUUUGUGUAAAAACUGUGUAUUCCUGUCGAACUGUCUCCUCUUCUUCUUGUGAAAACAUUCCAGCUUUCCUCCCCCUUUUUUAUAUCCAAUCACACUGAAGUAUUUGUACUUUAAAACAGAUUGAAUUUGAAAAAAGUUGCGUAGCAUUUAAACACCAGCCACCUAAAACUCAUUUACUAGUUCAUUAGUUAUUUAUGACGGAGCGGAGGUGUUGGUCUGACUCACAACUUGUUAUGUUUGGAUCAUUUUUGGAGAUUUGUGAAGUAAAAUUUGACACAUCUGCAAAUAUCAUCACACAGCUGCACUAAGGAGGAUUAAACAUUAAUGUCUUCACCUCAAUUAAAAGUCUUUCUCAUACAACAUGAACACGGUAUUAAAGUGAAAGACCAGGCAAGCACAUUAGUAAAGCUACGUUCGCGCUGCAGGUCUUAAUGUUCAACUCUGAUCAUUUCCUGCCUCCACAUCUACAAAGCUGAGAGGUGAAGAAGAGUCAGAAUCAAGAUGUGUGUUACUGUGCCAGAGUAAAUUCAGAUGGAACAUACCAGAAAAUGUAAAUGGUUAUCUCUUCCUUAAAGAAAACCACAAUGCUUUCAGUGGAAACCAGAUGAUAGCAGCUUAGUUCAUCUAGGAAUAAGUAAAGUCAUGUCUGAUGAGGAACUGUGCUACAUGAGAAGCUAAAAAAGUAAACCUGAGCAGUUUUCAAGGUGUUUUAAUAGAGGUGUUACACAGGUGAAUAUCUCAGGAAGCCUUUGGCCGAUGUUGAUGAUGGACGCCUCUAUCAAUGGUCAGAGUCAGGAGGGUCCAGAGAUAGCCCCACAUUCACCUUAGAAACACCAUGAGGGUCCAGAAAGAAGUGAAGCCUGAGAUAGUCUAUGAUAGGAAGAGUGAACCCUUCACUAUAAAACCUCCUUCAUCUCCAUGGAAACCAGCAGGACCUUCAUGAUUCAUUUCAAACAAGGCAGAGUCACAGGAGAACACGUUAGCAGAGAUUUUAGAGCUGGAAUCAAACUUUUCAUCCCAGUUAGACAUGAUUUCUGAUUCUGGCUGCUAGCUCUCAGAGUUUCUGUCCCACCGUGGUGAGACAGACGUCUUUGUAACCAGCAAAGUCUUUGCUGUCAUAUGACACCUUGUGAGGUUUUCUUGAAGUGGAAAAAUCAGCAGAAGCUCUAAAGUGGGCAUUUCUGUUGGUAGAGUCUUUUAGCCGAGUUUCUCCCCGUCAUGUUGCUAUGCUACACGUUAGCAUUGAUGCUUCCUGGUGUCUGCAAACAUCUUCUGUACUCUAGCAUCACAUGCUGCCUCCUGUACAGGGGCUCUAGUCAAGAUGAAGUUAAAUGUGAACGCCAUCAGUCUACGGUUCUAAAGUGACCCACAUGCACAUAAAUGAUGACGUCCGUCUCUUCAAUGACGUAAAAGCUGGAUAAAAUGCGGCAUGACUGAGGUUGCUUGGAAAACAGAUAUGGGUCACAUAUGGGCAAAAGAAAGUCAGAUUUGGCUUUUACCUGCAGUGUGAAUGUAGCCUGAAAGUAGGUUAGAAAGUUUGUUCUGGAUGUUUUUAAACAGAACAUUUCUGAAGAGAAUUACAUUUUCCAAUCCCAACUUUAAAAAAAUAAGUUUUUCUGUAGUUGUUACAGCACAAAUACUGUGUUCCAGUAUUAUCUUUCUGUAAACGUGUGCAGACAAAUACUAUCAGAAACACAGUGAACUGGAGCGUUAUCCGACACAAGCUGCAUACAGAGCACAUAAAUGAUUGAUACAUCAUUAACUAACAGCUUAUAAAUGACUCAUCAGUCUAUACUAACAUGUAACUAAGGUGCCAUCAGUGUGAAUUCAGUGUUUUAUCUGAAACUAUCUCUGUCUCCACUCGUUACCACACUUUCAUUAUCAGUACCUGAAAGUGUAACCAAGGCUUGAACGAAUAAUUCACUUUUACCAUUUUUGUUAAAAGAAAUAAACUCCUUUCUUUUAAAU